CUGUAGUCAAUUCUCCAUUUUGUUUCUCAAAAACUAACAAUAAUCAUAUUUUUGUAAAGCGCUUUAUAAACAGCGCUUUUACUUGUACUAUUUAUAAAAAAAAAAAGAAAAACCGGUCCUAUGAGUGACGUCACACAGCUGCAGAUCGCCGCGCCUCUCGGACCGCGUCGUCUCGCGUCACUUCAUUCGAAAUUCGAACGCGUUGUCGGCGCGCGCGCGUUUUCGUGUUCUUUAUUUAAAAAUGACUAUUUGAACCAUAAAGAAUUGUGAAUAAAAAAAAUAUAUUGUCUGGUUAAAAUUGUUAGUGAUUGCAAGAAACAAGGAUUUGUUCAAUUUUCUGUGCAUAUUGGGAUAUUCAGAAAAAAUAACAGGAUGUCGGGAAUGAACCUGCGGCUGGCGUUCGCCAUCCUGUCUUCGGGAUGCUGGUCCGCCUUCCAACACGGGUACAACACAGGAGUACUCAACGCUCCUCAAACGGUCAUGUCAGAAUGGCUGCACGCAGAAGCUCUUACUGGUGCCAACUCCUCGAUACCUGCUAAGGAUGACCCCAAAGUUACUGCAGUGUGGUCGGUAGCCGUCGCGAUCUACUGCGUGGGCGGAAUGAUCGGAGGCGUCAUUACAGGAGUUGUAGCUGACAGAUUUGGCAGAAAAGGUGGAUUGUUAUUGAACAAUCUGUUGGUAUUCCUUGCGGCGGCUUUACAGAGCUCGUCCAAGGUCGCAAAAUCAGCUGAACUUCUGAUUGUAGGCAGGUUAAUUAUAGGUAUAAACAGUGGACUAAACGCGGGUCUUGCUCCGUUGUACCUCUCAGAAAUAUCACCGAUCGCCCUACGUGGUUCUAUAGGCACGGUAUACCAACUGGUGAUCACGAUGACCAUCCUCCUGUCUCAAGUGCUGGGGCUAGAGUCGGUUUUAGGCACAGAGGGAGGGUGGCCGUGGCUCCUAGCUGUGACGGCGUUGCCAGCAGCUAUACAGAUUGCUACGCUACCACUUUGCCCUGAGUCGCCUAAAUACCUCCUGCUCAAUAAGGGCAGGGAGUUGCACGCGCAGAGAGCUCUCAACUGGUUACGUGGCGAUGUUGCAGUCCACGGAGAAAUGGAAGAAAUGCAUCAGGAAGCUGAAAAGAACAAAGUAAGCAAGAAGAUAACGCUACGCGAGUUGUUAGUGAAACGCCAGUUGAGGCAACCGUUGCUGAUCGCUAUUAUUGUGAUGAUCGCGCAACAGUUGUCCGGGAUCAACGUUGUGAUCUUCUUCUCUACGGAUAUCUUCCGGAAGGCAAACUUGAGCGAUGCGCAGUCGCAAUACGCUACGUUAGGCAUGGGCGCGAUGAACGUGGUGAUGACGGUCAUCAGCUUGCUGCUGGUAGAGAUUGCUGGCCGGAAGACGCUACUCCUCACCGGCUUCCUGGGCAUGUUUUUCUGCACCAUCGCCAUCACUGCGGCGCUUCUGUUUACACACCACGUGUGGGUGUCGUACUUGUGCAUCGCUCUGGUGAUUCUCUUCGUGGUGAUGUUCGCCGUGGGGCCCGGCUCCAUACCCUGGUUCCUGGUCACAGAGCUUUUCAACCAGUCGUCGCGUCCAGCGGCGUCGUCCGUGGCGGUCACUGUGAACUGGACAGCUAACUUCAUCGUCGGACUCAGCUAUCUACCGCUUUCGCACGCUCUUGGUUCCUAUGUUUUCGUGAUAUUUGCGAUUCUACAAUUAAUAUUUAUAAUAUUUAUAUACUUCAAAGUUCCCGAAACGAAGAACAAAACCAUCGAAGAAAUAACGGCAAUGUUUAGACAACAUAUGUAAAUUGGUAAAGUUACAUAUCGACGGUUAAAAGACUAAUUGGCUUAAGCGACAUUUUUUUAUUAACUAGGUUAAAAAAAAAAUUGAGUAUAUUAAAAAAAACAAAGAAAACGUAAUGAUUUUAAAUAUGUAUAAAACAUAGUGUCGCAAAAAAAUGUCGAGACUUAAGCGACAUUUUUUUUAUAAACUAAGAUAAAACAACAUAAAAAAGAUUUUUUUUGAAUAUGUAUGACACUUAGUGUCGCAAAAAAACGUCGCUUAAGACAAUUAGCCUUUUCACUGUUAUAGAAUUGUCAAUACUAGACAAUAGCUAUGUGAAUUGGCGGUUAUGCAUUUUUGCCAAUACAACAAAAGGUGUAAAACUAACUUGGCAAAAUUAAUAUUUUUUUGCCAAACGUAAUCUCCUAUCUUUCUGGACUGAAGUUAUAUACUAUUGAUCAAAGCUUAUUUUUAAUAACAUUUACAACAAAACAUUGAGUAAAUUUUUUUUUUAAGAACUAUUUUUCAUCAAAUGACAUGAUAUUUAAUCCGUAAAAAGGCAAAUGACAUGUAACUUAGCUUCAGUCCGUGAUUAAAAAAAAUAGAAAUACGUAUGUACUUAAAUCGCUUUUAUUUUCUACCGACGUGUCAAAAUAGAGUAAUGCUUUUAUACUAGUUUAAACGUGUCAAAUUUAUUUUUUGAGCACUUCGAUAAUUCCAUUUGUGAAUGGAAAUAAAAUUGGCGGCAAAUUUGACAUUAGGUAUCAACCGAAAGGCAUGUUUUUUUUUCAAAAUGGAGUUUGUUUAUCACCUGAUUUUCAGUAUGUUUUUGUUUUGUAUCUGCUAUUAUUACUUGACAUUGGCAAUAUCACCGAUAAAUAAACGGUGGCAGACAUAAUAUAAAAGUAGAAUACCUCUCGUAAAUAAAUCUGUCUUAUAAAUAACCCGAUAAAGUCAUUGAAAUAAAACUAUUUUACUAAACAAAAUAUUGAUUGUAAAAUGUAGAUAGUGUAACUGACUUUUCGGACGACCACCACUUCAAUCCGCCCCGUGACCAUGAAGGCUGCAUACUGCAGUCUUCGCAACUUCUGGAGAAAAUUACAAUAUAAAACACUGCGAUAAAAUCCGCAAAAUAGUUUCAUUUUAACUCAAUAUUGCUUACUACAUAUUUGAAACGCUAGAAUCCGUAAAAUAGUUUUAUUUCAAUGUCUCACAUUCGCGUAAAUGUAAGAAACCGCUAAAGUUAGUUAAUCUUUACGAACAAUACAACACGACGUAAUGUGUUCUUGAAGUGCGACUCUCAAAUAUAAUUUUCGAUGCAGUGGCGGUCUUAAAUGAUGCGAAGCCCCAGACGAAAGAAAAAAAAAAACAAAAAAAACGAUUCCCUGUUUGAAUAGUUUUAUAGGCAGUAUGGUCGUAAGACUAUAGCCUGUCCUCUAAGGACGAAGAAAAAUAAAAAACAAAUGAAUAGUUUUGUCGGAGGCUGUAUGGUUGAGAGCCUUUGCCUUCUCCUUAAGGAGUAAAUCAAACAAAAAAAAAAUUGUCGGUAAGAUCAUAAAAAAUGGUCCUCCAAGGCACCGCGUGAGGUCCCCGGGCGUUUGCGCGGUUCGCCUCCAUGUAAGGCCGCCUCUGCUUCGAAGUGUAUGACGUACCAUAUUAAGAGAAAAGAAAAAAGUAAUAUAACAAUAAUAAAUACUUUUUUUAAACAUACAAAUCAGUUUCCAUGUAAAUCGAGAAAUACAUCGAGUUAGUGUGUAAAUUUGUUUAUAUUACUUUUCUUUUCCUACAUAUGGUAAAAAUGAUGUAUGUUUUCUAUGAUCUGUUUUUUGAAUGAAAUUUUAGUAAAAGAUAAAGAAUGAGCGAUGUGUUUGUGUAUAAUUAGAGGGUCUAAUUCCGUCCAUGAGGGUAUAUCCGUCUGUUGAAUUAUGGGCGUUCUUAUCGACGAACAGCUUUGGUAGCCGUAUAGAUAACUAGGGGAUGUUUUAAAUGCCUCUGUGGCAUAGUUGUACUGCAUGCGUGCUACGGCAGCACUCUGAGGUCCGAAUCCCGGGACGGGCAGUGAUAUUUGGGUUUUUCUGCUCAAUAUCAGCCCGGAGUCAGGCAUUUGUGCCCGAUAUGGCGAUAGGCUCGCUAUCACGUCAUGGGACGGAACACACUUGGCGAUAAGUGGGUGCCCUGGUUGCGCCUCUGCAUACUCCUUUGGGAAUAAAUGCGUGAUAUAUGUGUAUUUUUACUCUUUUGGCUAUAUGAGCAUCGAAGUUGUCCUUCGAUUAGAAUGGACGUAAUUGCAAAAGGACGAAUAUGCCCGCGUAGACGGAAUUAGACCCGUUGAAUGUAAUGUAAUUAUUUAAUAAGCUUGUUCUUGUUAUGAGAAAUGUGCAGGGGCGGCUUUGGGUGUAAACGGUGGGGGACUGACCCCCCAACUGUAUGUAUGCACUGCGAAGUGCUAUUUUUGGGCACAAAUAAAAUUAGUAUUUUUUUAGGAAUUUUUGAAAUAA